AUGAGAACCCUCGAAAACGUUUUCCAUUUAAAAUGUUUCGCGUGCGUCGUCUGUGGAGCGCUACUGAAAAAGGGCGAGCAGUACGUCGUGAAACAGGGCCAAUUAUUCUGUCGUUUCGAUUACGAAAAGGAAGUAGAAAUGCUGCAAGGAUAUGAUUUCUAUGGUGAUGACUUAUUUCCGCCAAAAAUGGAUGGGCGUCGCGGUCCAAAACGUCCACGUACAAUACUCAACACACAGCAGCGUCGUGCAUUUAAAGCUUCCUUUGAAUUGUCGCCGAAACCCUGCCGCAAAGUUAGAGAGAAUCUUGCUAAGGAGACUGGUUUAAGUUUAAGGAUUGUUCAAGUUUGGUUUCAAAAUCAACGCGCCAAAGUGAAGAAAAUUCAGAAGAAGGCCAAACAGGAGCACACCAAGGGUACAAGUGAUUCGCAGGACUCACAGGAAUCUGACAGCAGUUUAGCUAAAAUCAAGGAUGAGGCGCAUAGUGAUAAUGAGUCGUUGUUGGAGUCACCGUUCUCAUCCUGUGGUGCAGGUGGUGGUUCGAGUUCAGAUGGUGCUGCAAAACUGCGAUGCAUAAAAGAUGAAAAUGAAAAUGCGCCUUUCAAUUGCAUGGAAACAAAUAAAGAAAACUGCAAUAAAACAAACGAACCGAUAUUGAACACCAUUUUAGGCUUAAGCUAUGCAACGUUCCAGCAACUUAUGGGUCCGUUCACCCAAACACCAACAAUCAAUCCAAUCGAUAGAUUAUAUAGUAUGCAAAACUCAUAUUUUAGACCGGAGGAGAUGAACUAUAACGACUGUGGCAAGGAAGUCGGUGAAAAUUGAACAAAAAAUUUUAAUACAUUUUUUAGUUCUAAGAAGGAAAGAUGAAGGCGGAAAGAAGGAAGCAGUUAAAAGUUAAAGAAAUGAUCAAAUCAAAA